AUGUCUUUCCACUGGAAAGACCUCAAGUCUCACCUACCUCAUGUUCGAUUCCUCACCGUGCAUUAUGCCUACUUUAUCGGAGUGACUCUCGUCACCUCUGCUAUCUUCUGGGGUAGCUCCACCCCGGCCCACAGCGUACGGUAUAUCGACUCGUUGUUUUUAACAGUCAGCGCCAUGACACUCGCUGGCCUGAACACAGUCAACUUAUCUACCCUCAACACUUUUCAGCAGAUCUUACUCUUCUUUCUGAUCAUGGCUGGGUCUACGAUCUGGGUCUCAAUUGGAGUUAUCGCAGUUCGCAAGAGCUUCUUCGAGAAGAAAUUCAAAGAGAUCGUGCAAAAAGAAACUCUCCGGAGGAAGAGGCUCCGUAAAUCGACCGGCUUUGCCCGUCGGCUUACCUGGUCGCGAUCUAUAUCGCGGCAACCAACAAUACCAGAAGAUCCAAACUUACAUAUACAUAGGCGGCGGCCUUCCAUCAUCUCUCUCCGGCCGAUUGGGUCACGUAACAAAAGCCAGGGCCAGAUCUCAACUGAUUCAGCUGAUGACAGACCAUCUGACCAGCAAGCGGAAAAUAUUCACCCCAUAAGCAGACAUGACAGUGGAUCUGUUGUCUCUGAUGAAAGGUUCCCAGAUCGACGUUUCUCAGAAGAUCCCAACGACACUGAAAAUACUGAUGUUCAUAUCGCAUUUACUAAUGACGUGCGGGAUGGGCGGGGAGACAGGCGGAGUCCAAUGCGCCGACGCAUGCGUCCUCCAUAUGUGAACGUCCAGAGCAUGGCAGCAGCCCAGAAUGGACUCGAGGAGGGUCAUGACCAAGACUCCGAUGGAGAAGACGACAGCCAUCGGAACUUUCUACGCAAAAUCAGUCGCAACUCCUCAUUUCAUCAUCUGAGUGAGCGAGAACGCCAACGGCUCGGCGGUGCAGAGUACCGAGCUGUAUCUCUGCUGUCCGUCAUUGUACCUCUAUAUUUUCUGCUAUGGCAACUGUUAGGUGGGCUUGGAGUGGGCGCGUAUGUUGCGAGAAAUAAGGCCGCACUGGCUAGGGCGAAUGGAAUGAACCCUUGGUGGGUGGGAUUCUUUUUCGCCAUCUCGGCUUUCAAUAAUUCCGGGAUGAGUAUCCUUGAUGCCAAUAUGGUCCCCUUCCAAAGAUCCACAUACAUGCUGAUCACAAUGGGUCUUCUCAUCCUGGCAGGCAAUACAUGGAUUCUCCCUCCCGGCGAGUAUUUUCACUAUCUUCGAGAGACCUUGACGUUCCUGUUGGAACAUCCCCGACGGUGUUACACUACGCUUUUUCCUUCAGCACAUACAUGGUGGCUUUUCCUCUCGGUGAUUGUAUUGAAUGGAAUCGACUGGGUGGCAUAUGAGGUCCUCAACUACGACAAUCCGGCGGUCGAUGCCAUUCCAGUCGGUCCGCGUAUCUUGGACGGGCUAUUUCAAGCACUUUGCGUUCGCAGUGGAGGCUUCUACAUUACCAACAUCUCCGCCCUCCAAAUCGGAACACAGGUACUCUACGUGAUAAUGAUGUACAUAUCCGUCUAUCCUGUUGUCAUCACCAUGCGUCACUCCAACGUCUAUGAAGAAAGAAGCCUGGGAAUCUACGCCGACGACCCCACCGUGACCGAAGACCGCGAAACCUCUUCUUCAAAUUCCUCUUUGGCGCCCAGAUCCCCCUCGCCGGGGCGAAUGUAUUUCAUCCGCCAUCAACUCCGUGCACAGAUCGCCUAUGAUUUGUGGUGGAUCGCGUUAGCUGUUCUAGUAAUCUGCAUUGUGGAAGCUGGCAAUUUCACUCGGGACCCAGUCACGUAUUCAGCUUUCAACAUUAUCUUCGAAACUGUCAGUGCAUACGGCAGCGUCGGUAUUAGCACGGGCCUUCCGACCGAGCUCUACAGCUUCUCUGGUGGCUGGCAUACACUGAGCAAGCUCGUGCUCUGUGCUGUCAUGAUUCGUGGCCGUCAUCGUGCUCUGCCCGUGGCGAUCGACAAGGCUAUCAUGCUUCCUAGUGAUAAGCUUGCUAAAGCGGAGGAGGAAGAUGCUUUGAUCAGAAUGGAGCGGACGAUGAGUCGGACUCGAUAG